AACGAAACGGCAAACUUGCCCAAACCGUAGUUACUAAAAUGACAUUUAAAACAACAUUAAACAUAUGCCGGCUCCCCCAUAAUCCCGACGAACAAAUCAUCCAAAAAGCCAACUACUUCAACGCUGAGAGUCACCAAAAGCCUUCUUCAAGGGACGUUUUUAUGGAGGAUUCACAGGAUGUUUGCGAUCACGUUGACCGGGAUAAUAACACUACGUGUUCCACGUCAGCAAGUUCCGGUUACCGGUUAUUUGACCGGCAAACCACUCUUCACCAGUUGAUGGGAGGGGGAAAAGCGGCUGAUGUUCUGUUGUGGAAACGACGGCGUAUUUCAUUGGGCAUCAUUGUCGUUGCAACGGUCGCUUGGCUAAUAUUUGAGCGAUCGGGAUUAUCAUUUUUAACAAUUUGUUCCAACGUUCUGCUCUUCUUGAUCGUACUGCGCUUUCUACAUGUCAAUUAUGCUUCUAUGAGGGAUAAACCGAUUCAAACAUUGCCGGAACUGGUCUUGUCUGAAGAGAUGGUCAACUAUGCCGCUGCAUCGUUUCGUAUUAAAGUCAACUAUCUUUUACUUAUGGCUCAUGAUAUCACCCUUGGCAAGGACUUCAGGCUCUUUUUCAUGGUAGUAGGCUUUCUGUGGUUGUUAUCCGUUUUAGGGAGCGUAAUCUCUUUCUUCACGCUUGCGUAUAUAGGGACGAUUCUUUCGGUGACACUACCUGCAUUGUACAAUAAAUACGAAGAACAAGUAGACCGAUGUGCAGGUACAAUUCAAAGAAGCUUUUCGAGACAUUACAAGAUAGUUGACGAGAAUGUUAUGAACAGAAUCCCGCGCAGUGUUGUACCCAAGGACAAACCAAUGUAAACUAUGCUAUAUAGCAACUUUUUCGGUUUAUUUAAAAUUGUACAAUUAGUUAUCUAAAUUCUUUUCGAAAAAAAAAAAUAUGAUUUAAGAUGUUUUACGCGUUAA